GCCCACUCGCGUCCUUUUGUUCCGGGGCCGCAGGGCGGGGCAGGCCCAACUUUCGCUGUAUCCUGGUCUACUCUCCAGAACGGCCAUGAUUUCCCAGUUCUUCAUUCUGUCCUCCAAGGGGGACCCGCUCAUCUACAAGGACUUCCGCGGAGACAGCGGAGGCCGGGAUGUGGCCGAGCUCUUCUACCGGAAGCUGACGGGACUGCCUGGAGACGAGUCUCCGGUUGUCAUGCACCACGAUGACCGUCAUUUUAUUCACAUCAGACACAGCGGCCUCUAUUUGGUGGCCACGACUUCAGAAAACAUUUCUCCCUUCAGCCUCCUAGAGCUGCUCUCCCGGCUAGCCACGCUCCUGGGUGAUUACUGUGGCUCCCUGGGUGAGGGGACCAUCUCCCGCAACGUGGCUCUGGUCUACGAACUUCUGGAUGAAGUGCUGGACUAUGGCUAUGUACAGACCACAUCCACGGAGAUGCUGAGGAACUUCAUCCAGACGGAGGCUGUGGUCAGCAAACCCUUCAGCCUCUUUGACCUCAGCAGCGUUGGCUUGUUUGGGGCUGAGACACAACAGAGCAAGGUGGCCCCCAGCAGUGCAGCCAGCCGCCCGGUGCUGUCCAGCCGCUCUGACCAGAGCCAAAAGAAUGAAGUGUUUCUGGAUGUGGUCGAGAGAUUGUCCGUCCUGAUAGCCUCUAACGGCUCGCUGCUGAAGGUGGACGUGCAGGGAGAGAUACGACUCAAGAGCUUUCUGCCCAGCGGCUCUGAGAUGCGCAUCGGCUUGACGGAAGAGUUUUGUGUGGGGAAGUCAGAACUGAGAGGUUAUGGGCCAGGAAUUCGGGUGGAUGAGGUCUCAUUUCACAGCUCGGUGCAUCUGGAUGAGUUUGAAUCUCAUCGAAUCCUCCGCCUGCAGCCACCUCAGGGUGAGCUGACGGUGAUGAGGUAUCAACUCUCAGAUGACCUCCCCUCCCCGCUCCCCUUCCGGCUCUUUCCUUCCGUGCAUUGGGACCGAGGCUCAGGCAGGCUCCAGGUUUAUCUGAAGUUACGAUGUGACCUGCCCCCAAAGAGCCAGGCUCUCAACGUCAGGCUGCACCUUCCCCUGCCACGGGGGGUGGUCAGCCUGUCUCAGGAGCUGAGCAGCCCAGAGCAGAAGGCAGAGCUGGGGGAGGGAGCCCUUCGCUGGGACCUUCCUCGGGUGCAGGGAGGCUCUCAGCUCUCAGGCCUUUUCCAGAUGGACGUCCCGGGCCUCCCUGGGCCUCCCGGCCAAGGCCCCUCCACCUCGGCUCCUCCUCUGGGGCUGGGCCCCGCCAGUCUCUCGUUUGAACUUCCCCGGCACACAUGCUCUGGCCUCCAGGUUCGCUUCCUCAGGCUGGCGUUCAGACCAUGCGGCAACGCCAAUCCCCACAAGUGGGUGCGACACCUAAGCCACAGCGACGCCUAUGUCAUUCGGAUCUGAGCCUCCCAAACGAGGACACGGGUGGCAAAGGAGGUGAUCUGUGCAUCAGGACAAGGACAACGUUUCCUCUCCCAGCAUCCUGGCCUGUGGCUGUGGCUCUGGCUGGAAGGGUCCUGAGUCCUAGAGAGCAGGGGGGCUCCACGGGUUCAACCGCCCGUCCGUGGGAUCUGACCCAGGAAGGACUGAGGUGGAUCACAAUUUAAAAAUCAAACUUUUAUUCUGAGGAACUGACUGUACAAUACUGAAAGAGAAAGUCACGUGGGGG